UAAUGUUUGGUUAGAAUGUCGAUACUUAAGAUCUCAAAAUUCUUAAAUGUGUUCAUGAUUAUAAAAUAAUGAGCAAGAAAUUAAAGAUUCGUGCAUUCGCCUAAUUUCAUUAAUGCUAAUACAACUGUGUAAAAGACAUAAAUUCCAAAAUAGUGGAGACUUGUUUUAAGCAAUGUGAAUUAGGUAUGAAUGAACCAAAAAUUCAUUAGAGUUGGAUAAUUAUUUUGAGGAAAAAAAAAAGAGAAAAAUAGAGAAUAAGGUGUUUUAUGCAUUGCCUAUUUAUAAUAAUUCUGAUCCAUCAAAACAAUACGUGAUUCCAUAAGAAUAAUAAGGAGAAUAUCAAAAAAAGACUAUACAAUUUGAAAUAGAAUCACAACGUAAAUUAAAUGAAUUGAAAACUAUUCUUGAUGAACGUGGUAAGAUUUAUAAGUUGUGAU